UACUGUGAAGGUGGGAAUAAGUUCCGACCGGUUUACUGUUUACUGUGUUGCUGACAGGUUUCUGAAUGGCAGCGACUCACCACGAGUACCGGCUACAUCCGGGUACCAAAGGAAACGGGUUCACUUCAAACAGCCAGGAUGACGUCAGCAACAUGAAGGAGAGCAGCACACAGACGGAGGGCAAAGUGCAAGGUCAUGGACCAAGACUGUCCAAAGUUAACCUUUUCACAUUAUUGAGUCUCUGGAUGGAGCUUUUUCCCAAGAGGGAGUCUCAGAGACAAGACAAUGCAUCUGUGCAAGUCACUGGCCUGGUGGUGGUCCAUGAACAAAGAAUUCUGGGUCUUCAUUGCUCUGGAACGGAGCUCCAUGCUGGUCAGGUGGCUGUAAUCAGACAUGGGCCCAGACUAAAGGGCUGCGAUCUUUAUUUCUCCAGAAAGCCUUGUUCUACCUGCCUCAAAAUGAUCAUCAAUGCUGGUGUGAACAGGAUCUCUUACUGGCCUGCUAAUGCUGAGAUCAGCCUGCUGUGUGAUGGAAGCGGCGCUGCAGGUUCUCGUCUCCAGGAGGCCAUGCUGGACGCUGCAGCUGCCGAGAGGCUCAAAUCCAGCAGCAGGCUGCACAUCUGCGUGCUGCUGCAGCCUCUAGCCAACUCCAUGCUUCAGUUUGUAGAGGAGACGGCACGCAACAGUGACUUUCUGGGCAGAAUGGCAGCAGAUGAUCCCUCUCUGGACGUCCAUGAACUCUUUAGGAAAGAGCGCUGGAGGAACUGGGACAGUUUUUCGAAAAAGUUUGUGAUUGAUGAUGCGGAGGUACACAGAGAGCUGCUCAGUAAGAUGAACCUGGAGAACUUUUGCACAGAACCAUAUUUCAGUGAGCUGCGGCAGCACAUGAGGGACCUGAUCAGGAUUCUGGCGUCUGUGGCUGCAAGUGUUCCUGUUCUCGAGCAUAACUACGGGUUCUAUGAGACGGAACCGACAACUAGUAAAGAUAGGACGUUAUCUCAGGAUAUUGUGCGACACUGCAUCAUCCAGGCAGCGGUGCUGGCAUACAGAACAGAAGAUCCCAAAGUGGGGGUAGGCACCGUGAUUUGGGCAGAGGGCCGAUUGCCUCAGUGCGAUGGCACGGGGAGCAUGUACCUGGUGGGAUGUGGUUAUAAUGCCUAUCCUGUGGGCUCGCAGUAUGCUGAGUUUCCUCAGAUGGACGACAAGCAGGAAGAGAGGCAGCGCCGCAAAUACCGGUACAUCAUCCACGCUGAGCAGAACGCUCUCACUUUCAGGAGUGCGGAUGUGAAGGAGGACGAGAACACAAUGCUCUUCGUCACUAAAUGCCCGUGUGAUGAAUGUCUGCCUCUGAUCCACGGCACCGGCAUCAAACAAAUCUACACCACAGAUCUGGACAGUGGGAAAGACAAACACGACAUCUCCUACCUCAGUUUCACCCGGCUCCGCAGCAUCCGCAAGUUCAUCUGGCAGAAGUCGUCUUUGGUCCAAAGUGCUUCUGAACAAACUGCUACACCUUUAUUAAAUGGCUGUGUGAAGAACAGAAGAGAUGAUGAUGGAGCUUGUCAGUACAAUAAGAGACUGAAAAACUGAGAAAUCACUCCAUUCAUUUGGGAGAAGUCUGAAGCACUGGGGUUCUUAACUUUCGUCCUGGACGGCCCUUGGCUUACAGUUUCGCUUGAUAUAACACAUGAUCAUCUCAUUAUUAAGACGUUAGUGAGGUGGACCAGGUAUACUGAGGGAAGUGAAAACUAGAACACGAUCUAUAGCAAGAAGAAUUUUACAUAUUAGAUACAUGUCAUAUGAAACAUGUUUGUAGAUCAUUUACACCAACGAUCCUGCCGUUUGUUAGCUGAAUAGAUUUUUUUUUUCCAGAGGUCAUCAUACACCACAGAUACAAAGAUUUAUUCUGUACAGGAAGACCCCAAAGCAUGCGCCUGCUCAUAGCCUACAUAUGCACACAUUAUGUAGGGCCUUGAGAAGACCCAGCAAUACAUUCUAACGGUUAUUAAUAAUUUUAAAAUAGCAUUUUUGUGGGGUUUUUUCAUGACUUAUUUUCAUUUCGGAUUUCCUGAAAGCUAAACAGAACACAUUACCAAAGUUUCUGUCUUUAGUGUGAAAAUAUUUUUACAAAAAACUUGUUAGAUGUGCAAGAACAAAAAAAAAAUUGUUUUGGGGUCUAAAUACUUAAUUUUUCUGCUUCCAUCUGAUUCAAGGAUGAAUGCAAUACACAGGGAGCAUCGCGGUUCAUUUUUGGCACCACAAUGACAACGACGAGCCACACUGAAAAGCUAAACCUUCACCGCAUUGCUCUUACUUUCUUUGAGCGCUUCAGUGAAAAGCGAUCAGCGGCAUCAUGCCGUUUAUGAGCUGAAAUGCAAUUCAUACCUCUGCACUGCAUUUCAGUAAUAACCUGGAGAAAACAUGCCACACUGAAAAGCAAAAGCUUUAUUUAAUCUCUUCAGUUUAACUAUAAGGUUUAAACUCUCACUUGUGAUAUAUGAUGCACUGAGGAAAUGGAUCACUUUGUGAGGCAUGAUGAGAAAACGUUAUCUGUUAGACACACUUCAUAUCUGAAAGAUGCAGCAGUCCCAAAUAGGAACGAGCCUGGUUUCUGGUUGGAUAGGAGUGAAAAGCCCGUUUGAUGAAAGUGAAAUGCGAUGCACAUCACACAGGAAUUACGCUCACUUCUGUCACAUGGUCAGCAUUUUAAGUCACUGAACAGAUCAAGAAGAAAGAAAGAACACGGCACGGUGGUGUAGUGGUUAGCGCUGUCGCCUCACAGCAAGAAGGUCCAGGUUCGAGCCCCGUGGCCGGCGAGGGCUUUUCUGUGUGGAGUUUGCAUGUUCUCCCCGUGUCUGUGUGGGUUUCCUCCGGGUGCUCCGGUUUCCCCCACAGUCCAAAGACAUGCAGUUAGGUUGACGUGAGGCAGCCUUGGGCUGAGGUGCCCUUGAGCAAGGUACCGAACCCCUGACUGCUCCCCGGGCGCUCUGGUGCGGUUGCCCACUGUUCUGAGUGUGUGUGUUCACUGCUUCAGAUAGGUUAAAAUGCAGAGGAUGAAUUCCACUGCGCUUGAAGUGUGCAUGUGACAAAGGUUUCUUCUUCUCAAGAGAAGCAAGAGCAAUGCAGUGGUUUUGCUUUUCAGUGUGUAAUGUUUUCUAAAUGUUCAAUGAAAAUGCUAGGUGUUCUCCACUUUUCAAAAAUAAAAAGGUGGUGGCAGGGGUUUGGGGGCCACUUAGGCCCCCAGCAAGGUCUGGGGCGGAGCCCUGGUAGGGGAUCAGGAGCUGAAGCUGACGGACUUUGGGCUUUUUUGACAGUGAAACCGACCAAUAAAUGGAUAGGAAAUGCACCCAUGGAGAACACUGAACAUAUUGUUUUAAUGGUGAAUAAUCUUCACUUCUGAGAUGCAUUCAGUGCUUUAACUCUUUAAAAAAAAUAAAAUAAACCCUCCUGCUGAUUUUCACUGAAGAGAUCAAAUUUUGUACCUCACUUUGCCUUUAUGUCAAAAAUUCAUCCAUUUUCCUCUUAUCCGAAGUCAGGUCAUGGUGGCAACAGGCUAUUCCAGGCGUCCCUCUCCCCAGCAACACUUUCCAGUUCCUCCUGGGGGAUCCCAAGGUGCUCCCAAGCCAGAUGAGCUAUAUAAUAAUAAUAAUAAUAAUCUCUCCAGCACGUUUGGGUCUUCCCCAAGGUCUCCUCCCAGUUGGACGUGCCUGGAAAACCUCCAAAAGAAAGGUGCCCAGGAGGCAUCCUAAUCAGAUGCCCAGACCACCUCAGCUGACUCCUUUCGACAUGAAGGAGCAGCAGCUCUACUCCAAGAUCUCUCCAGAUGUCUGAGUUCCUCACCCUAUCUCUAGAAUACGUCAGAAAUGAAAAUAUUAUCUCCAUAUUUGGGUGGGUAGGGUCUUAUUAACUACUUACCCAGGUAUAAACAGAUUACACCUCAUCUGUGUGGUAAGCUGCACAAAAGGACACACACAAAAAAAGAGAGGAUUCCUGAGAAUGCUCGAAUUUUGCUUUAUUGGUGAUAUGGUACAAUUAGCAUUGAAGAAGGAAGGAUGCAAUGCAACAUGGGUGGCAUUAGGAAAGAUUUCGGACUCGAAAUCUCAAUGUUGAUUUCCAUUAAUUGUAACUUGUGUACGUAAGGAUGUGAGGAUAUUGAAUAAAUCCGGCUCUGGUGCAUAACA